AUGUUCAAAAUGAAAAAUGAGAUAGACAAUGAAUCUGAUUCAGAAAAUGAAGUUGUGGAUUAUACCAUCUUGUCCAGAAAAGACCUUGAUAGAUUAGAGGUCCCUAGACUUGAGAUCCCUGUCUCAGUACAGCAAAUCAUCUCUAAGAUUCAGCAAGCGCAGCUCUAUCGAGCCAGACAGGACAUUAAUAUGCAGCUGGCUGAUAUAAUGCAAACUGUGCAGCAGAAAAUAAGACCCUACAUUGUUGAUGAGAAUGUGUACCCUAGAAGGAAAAUCUCCCUUACAGAACAUAAGAAAUGGAGAGUAAAUUUCCUGGGGAAAAUAGCUGCUCAUGCUAAUUCUGUUGAAAUUAAAGAAAAGACACUUGUCCACAUCCUGGCCUGGCUGAAAGAAUGGAAUGCCAUUUUGUCUGAGAUGACCGAAUUUGACAUUGAUGAACACCACUACUGGAUAGCACAAAUGGAGCUUUUACCAGAAACAUUCAAAGCAAUUGAGAGCAAUGUCAAGAUACUGAGUCGAACUACUGCCAUUUUGCUUGAAGAAAAGAAUCAACAAAAGAAAAAAAUAACGACCAGAGGUACUCUAUGGAAAUCUUGGAAAGAAAGAGUUAUAAAGCGACCUGCAACAGCCCAUGCUUUAAGAUCAGAUCAGAUGAUUAGUGAUGAAUUCGCAACAAAUACAAAGGUUUCAGAAAUCCAAGGUAUGCUACAGGAACUUGUAAAAACUGCAAUGUUCAAUAAAUUGGAAAACAGUGCUAUUAAAUAUAUAUCAUCGACGAUAAAAAACCUUUCUAUAGCAUUGAGUUCACUAAAGGAUGAAUUAAAAGUUAACUUCCAAAAUGCCAAUAUGUAUAUGAAUGAGAUAAGUGGAGGAGAAAAAGAGGUCUCCCUGAAGAUAAUACAAGAGCUCAGUAAAGAAAAUGAAAUGCUUCAGCAGAAACUUCAAGAUGCAGAAGAAAAAUGUGAACGACUUAUUCAAUCCAAAGUGUCAACAGGGUCACUCACAUCAAACUUGAAAGUAUCACCUGAGCUUUCUCCACAAUCAUCCAUGACCAGUAGCAAGGCUGAUAAAGAAGAGAGUAUAGAUAGUAUUUUAGCCAAAGAGUUUGAAAAUAGUAUGGAGGAGGCCCAAAGCAAGGGUACCAAAGCCUCAGGGAUCAAGUGGGACUCAGGUAUUUUAUAUACAGCCCAAGAUGAAAUGACUCCAGAUUUAACUGAACAGCAAUCCCUUCUACCUGAGAAAGUAGAGAAAACACCUUCUGAAGAUAUCACUAAAGGUAAGAGAUCACUGAAGAAAGGUGAUGUCUAUGAGAAAGGUGGGACUGAUCAGUAUCAAUCACAGAAAACAGCGAGCGCAAAAAGCCCGUAUGUGCAGGAGACCUCUGGAUCUACUCUGAGUGAUGAAAAAGGUAAAGAGAUAGUCUCAGAGACCAAAGUUGAUCACCACUUUGAGCUACCAGCACUGGAAAAGAAGAGUAAAGAAAUAAAAUUCCUUUCUGAAGCCAAAUCAAAGUCAUUCACUGAAUCAAAAAUUCAGCGUGUUCCUGCUGAUUUCCCUUCUACUGACACAAAGAGCCAAGAUGGCAAAAGUGUACCUAAUGUAUGGCACCGACUCAGGAAUAUGAAACUUGAACAUAUACUUGAGAAAAGCCAAAUUUCUUCAGAGAUUCAAGAGAAGCCUGCCACAGAGUCAACGGACAAAGAAAGCAAAAGUGAUAUGAGUAGCCAAGCACAGCCAUACAGUUCAAUCCAACUUGGUCGUCCCUUUGAGAAAGUAAAAAGGAAAGGAAAAAAACAUCACAUCUCUCCAGAAACUACUAUAAGCAAAGAAGGAAAAACUGCAGAGAAGGACAUGUCAGUUUUCACCAAGAAGCUCAAGUCUCAUGAACUUGUUAAGUCACAACCUAGGGUAACUAAAGAGACUUCAGAAUCUACUCAAGUUCUAGGAAGUUCAGAUGGCAAAAUUGAACAGAGUAAUCUAGAAGACUUUCAUAAAGCCAUAAUGGCUUUCUUAAAAGAGAAAAUUGAUAACACAGGAAAGCCUUUGAAUAAAAAAACUGUGCCAGAAGAAGAGUUAAUGCUAAAAAAAGCAGAGGUGGAGAAAUUAGAAAUCAUAAAGGCAAAAAUGGAGGAAUAUUUCCAAAAUGUGGCUGAAACUGUGACAAAAGUCUUAAGAAAAUAUAAAGACAUAAAAAAUGCAGGACACGUUGGAAAGAAACCUAUUAAACGAAAAAAGGCAGUCUUACUUAUGCCAGGAUUGCAUUCUCAGAAGCCAACUAGUACAAUGUCUGAAAUGAGCUCCUUAUUGUCAUCUGUGAGCAUGGACCCAGUCACUCACAGUGUGAUACAAGCGAUCUUGACAGAAAUAGGAAGUGAAAGAGGUGUUCCUAUAGCCUCAAUAGCAGGGACAGGGCCUGAGAAGGAAAAACAAAGACAGGAGGAAUAUCUGCAAGAAGUUCAAGGAAAAAGUUUUGAUAUGGAUCUUAAACACCAGUUGCCAGAAGAAAGGAAUCUCUGGAAGACAAGCUAUGAGAUGACAAGGAAGAAUUUGGAUAAGGAAAAGGCAUGGCUCCAGAUGAAGGAGGGAAAGCAAGAGCAGGAGCUGGAGGAAGCAUGGAAGGAAUGGCAAAGACAGAGGAUGCAAAAGCAGAUUGAGCAAGAUGAGAAGCAAAAGCAAAUGGAAGAGGAGAAAGAGGAGCAGAAGCAAAAGCAGCAGCUGGAAGCAUGGAGGCAAAAAAUCAAAGGGCAAGGAAUACUCUUGGAGAAGAACAAGGGACAGCAGAUGGGGCAGAUUCAGAAAGAAGUCAAACAUCUGAAGCAAGAAAGUAGUUGGGAGGAGGAUGAAGAGAAGCAGAAAUCAAUGAGAAAGGUAGAGGAACAUGAAAGUCAGUGGCAGAAAAAAGUAAAGGAGCGGAUGAAGAUUAAGGAGGAAAACAUUGAAGAACUUGGAAAGGUAUUAGGCCACACUUCAGUGACAUUGGCUCCCAGAUGGAAGAACAUGUGGAAAAAGGCAUAUCAGUUACAGAAAAGAAAAGAGUCGCAUGUAAAUCUUAAGACACCAGAGACUCUUGCUGAAGAGCACUCCAUGCCAAUCAUUCUUCCCACCUCCACACAGUCUUCCUCACCUGAGCCCUUUCCUAUUUCUGGAAAGUCUCCCACAAAGUCCAUUGCUGUCAUUCAUGAGGAGGCCCCAGCACUGGGAAUCACUCACCCCUCUCAGCAGAUUCAGGCUUUGGGGAGUACCCCUACUCCAAAGAUGUCUCAGGGUUUAGGAGUAGCUUAUCCACCUGAGCAGGCACAGGCAUUGAGGACUCCUCUCACUUUUGAACAAAUCCCCAAAUUGAAAAUUCCUUUCAAACUUCAGAAGACACAAGUACCAGAGGCCUUUCUUAUGCAGCAACAAGACCAGGCAUUGAGGACCCCUAUUACCCCCGAGGAAAACCAGUCACUAAAGUCAUCUCUCACAUUACAACAAGCCCAGGCAAAGCACAUGCCACUAACGGCAGAACAGGCACAGAUUUGGGGGGUCCCUAUUACCCAAGAACAGGGCCACGCACAUGAGGUCAUUCAUAUCCCUCAGUGGGCCCAGACCCAGGAAAUCACAUUCACCCCCAAGCAGGUCCAGACCCAGAGGCUCAGUCUCAGUGGGCAGCAGGCCCAGGCUUUUGAGGUCACUCUCACCCCUCAGCAGGCCCAGGCACUUGGGGUCACUGCCACUCCUGAACAAGCCCACCCACUUGGAGUUAUUGUCACCCCUCAGCAGGCCCAGGUACUUGGGCUCACUCACACCCCUGAACAGGCCCAGGCCCUUGGGGUCACUCUCACCCCUCAGCAGGGCCAGGAACUUGGGGUCACUGUCACUCCCGAACAGGCCCAGGCACUUGGGAUCACUGUCACCCCUCAGCAGGCCCAGGAACUUGGGGUCACUGUCACUCCCGAACAGGCCCAGGCACUUGGGAUCACUGUCACCCCUCAGCAGGCCCAGGAACUUGGGGUCACUGUCACUCCCGAACAGGCCCAGGCACUUGGGCUCACUCUCAUCCCUCAGCAGGCACAAGCACUUGGGGUCACUGUCACUCCUGAAAAGGCCCAGGAACUCGGGGUCACUCUCACUCCUCAGCAGGCCCAGUCACUUGGGGUCACUGUCACCCCUGAACAGGCCCAGGCACUCGGGGUCACUCUCACUCCUCAGCAGGCCCAGGAACUUGGGGUCACUGUCACCUCUGAACAGGCACAGGCACUUGGGGUCACUGUCACUCCUGAACAGGCCCAGGCACUCGGGGUCACUGUCACCCCUCAGCAGGCCCAGGCACUUGGGGUCACUGUCACCCCUGAACAGGCCCAGUCACUUGGGGUCACUGUCACUCCUGAACAGGCCCAGGCACUCGGGGUCACUCUCACCCCUCAGCAGGCCCAGGCACUUGGGGUCACUCUCACCCCUGAACAGGCGCAGGCACUUGGGGUCACUGUCACUCCUGAACAGGCCCAGGCACUCGGGGUCACUGUCACCCCUCAGCAGGCCCAGAAACUGGGGGUCACUGUCACUCCCGAACAGGCCCAGGCACUUGGGCUCACUCUCACCCCUCAGCAGGCCCAGGAACUUGGGGUCACUGUCACUCCUGAACAGGCCCAGGCACUCGGGGUCACUGUCACCCCUCAGAAGUCCCAGGCACUAAGAGUCACUCUCACCCCUGAACAGGCCCAGGCACUUGGGGUCACUCUCACCCCUGAACAGGCCCAGGCACUUGGGAUCACUGUCACCCCUCAGCAGGCCCAGGAACUUGGGGUCACUGUCACUCCCGAACAGGCCCAGGCACUUGGGAUCACUGUCACCCCUCAGCAGGCCCAGGCACUUGGGGUCACUGUCACCCCUCAGCAGGCCCAGGCACUUGGGGUCACUCUCACCCCUCAGCAGGCCCAGGCACUUGGGGUCACUGUCACCCCUGAACAGGCCCAGGCACUCGGGGUCACUCUCACUCCGCAGCAGGCCCAGGAACUUGGGGUCACUGUCACUCCCGAACAGGCCCAGGCACUUGGGGUCACUGUCACCCCUCAGCAGGCCCAGGCACUUGGGCUCACUCUCACCCCUGAACAGGCGCAGGCACUUGGGGUCACUGUCACUCCUGAACAGGCCCAGGCACUCGGGGUCACUGUCACCCCUCAGCAGGCCCAGGCACUUGGGGUCACUCUCACCCCUGAACAGGCCCAGGAACUUGGGGUCACUCUCACCCCUCAGCAGGCCCAGGCACUUGGGGUCACUGUCACUCCCAAACAGGCCCAGGCACUCAGGGUCACUGUUACCCCUCAGCAGGCCCAGGAACUUGGGGUCACUGUCACUCCUGAACAAGCCCACGCACUUGGAGUCAUUGUUACCCCUCAGCAGGCCCAGGCACUUGGGCUCACUCUCACCCCUGAACAGGCACAGGCACUUGGGGUCACUGUCACUCCUAAACAGGCCCAGGCACUUGGGGUCACUGUCACUCCUGAAAAGGCCCAGGCAUUUGGGGUCAUGGUCACCCCGGACCAGGCUCAGACAUUAGAGACCUCUCUUACUGCAGAACAGGCCUGGAUAUCAGGGAGGUCUUUGGGGCCCCCUCUCACCUCAGAUAAAGCCCACAUUUUAAGAUAUCCCCUUACCCCUAAGCAAGUCCAACUUUCUCUUAAACCAUUUCAAGAAUCAAAGAUGUCUCUCCCCUCUAGGCACUCCAUUCCAUCAAAACCUAGGCAGUCUCUGGCAUCAUCUAUUGCUGAGAAGUCCUCUAUAUUUGAGGUCUCUUCUACUCCUUUGCAGAUAUCAAGGUCUCCUUUUACCCAAGUCCCUGAGAAAUCCCUAGCAAAAGGGAUUGCUUCUGACCCUAAGAGGCUCCUGGCACCACAGACUUUUCCUUCCUCUGGACAGGCACUGGUUUGUAAGGGUCAGUCCGCCUCUGUGCAGUUCUUAGCACCAGAGGGCGGUCCCACCCCUGGGAAGCUCCCAGUAUCCGGGGCCCCUCCAACCCCUGGACAGCCCUUUAUAUCUGGAGUUCCACCCACCUCCUCACAGAUUCCCAGUCUUUGGGCUCCUCUUGCUCCUGGGAAGUCCUUGGUACCUGGGGCCUCCUCUAUCCCUGAGGAUCUCAUGGAAUCUGAACCCUUAACCCUCUCUGAGCAGCACCAGACAUUUCAGCUCCCUGCCACCUAUGAGCAGUCUUCCUAUCUACAAGCCCCUUCCACCCUUGGACAGCAUCUGGCACCGUGGACCUUUCCUAGACAAGCCUCCCCACUAUGGAUCUCUCCCACCCCUAGGCAUCGUCCAGCACUAUGGGCUCCCUCAACCCCUGGAAUGCCCCAGAAAGAUUUGUCCUCUUCUGUCGCUAAGAAAAGUCAGGAAAGAUUGGCAAUUAUUUCUUCUUUAAAGUCCAAAUCAGCAUUCGUCCAUCCCAGUGCUCCAAGUUCCAAAGCACCUCAAGCCCCUCUCACCACUAAGAAGUUCCAAAUAUCAGAGGUCUCUGACACUUGUGAAGAAAUCCAGAGAUUCCAUGAUCCUUUUGCUAUGGAACAGUUUAUGACAUUUCAGUCCUAUCUCACCAAUUACAGGACACCAGGAUCACAAACCCCUUCCAUUGAUGAUGGAUACCUUGCAACUCUCAGGAAGCCUAUAACAUCACUUCCUUCUCUUCCUACUCAACUACCCAAAACAUCACAGAUUUUGCAUUCUGAAUGGGACUGGAAAUCCCGAUUCCCCCCUAUAAGCAAGCCCUGCAUAAUGACUUCAGUUUCAGGCACCAAGAAACCCAAGAUGAUGGUACCUCCUUCCUCUCCCCAAGAGCUCAAAGAGCAGAGGUAUUUUGUUGAUGUGGAGGCUCAAAGGAAGAACCUAAUACUCUUAGAUCAGGCUACAAAAACUUCUGGACUUCCUUCAGAGCUACACACAACCGCUAGGAAUCUCAUAAUUGAGACAUUUCAUACAGACACCGUUCGGCUGGGAUACCUAUUCCACAAGUACAUUGCCUAUAGGCUGAUCCAGCAUGCAAGAAACAACAUAAUCAAACGAUUACAAGCCAUCCAAAACAGUGGGAAAGGUUAUGAAACCCAGAACCUCUACUUAGUACUAAGCAGAAUUGAUGACUACCAGAAAAAGGUGAUGGUGGUCUGGACUGAGAAGCAGAAGUCUCUAGAGCAGAAACGGAAUCAGUGUCUAAGGAAAAUGAUGUCCUUAUUUGGCCAGCUCCAAGAGAUGCAUAAAUUAAAUCUUAGUCAACCUGUACCUUUGAUCAUCGACAGAAAGCAAACACCUGCCCCUAUCAAAUCUGUUCAACAGCCAUUCCCAGAGCUAAUAGAAAAGGACAGAAAAUCUGACAUAUUCAAGAAAUCAAGGUAUGUGGAAGACCAGAUGGAAGCCAUCUGGAAUGCUGAUCAGUCAACUUCAAGCUACCCAAUUGCUGAGAAGACAUCAAUGCAUUCACUAUGGGCCCAGCUGGGUGGGUACCCAGCUCUUCCUAUGCUACUCCAGUUAGAUGUUCAGUCUACCUUCAGAAAAUCUCUGGCAUCCAUUCAAUCAAAUGAGCACCGUAGAGAAUUAGACGCGGCCUCAGGAAAAGGAGCCCCGCCUCUCACGGAGCCAACACAGCACGCCACGGAGCAACACCGGCAGCUACGACGGAACGGCACGCCGCGGGUGGCGCGCACGCUCGCCCCGAGGCCGCAAGGGAGGCGGGCUGGCGUGCGCGCCCUCGUGGAGGUGGGCGGGGCUCGGGGCGGGGCUCCGAGUCGGACCGGGGCGGGGCCGCAGGAGCUCCGGAGAGUGCGCGGAGACCUCGGCUUUCCUCCGCACCUUCUUUCUCCCGCGACUUCUGGGGCGUUGGGAGCACAAGAGGGAUCCCCUUGCCCUAGAACGAGGGAGUGGAGGAACCGCUGA